AUGCCAUCCCUGUGCCACAUGUGCGGCAUAGGGGGCGAGUUAAUGAUGGAUUUCAAGCAGGUAUAUUACGUCGCCAGUAUUAGUAGUGCUAACUGCAAGCAGUUCAUGGAGUCAAUGGAUGAGAACCGCAACGAGGAUGUUGCGAGCGACACAAACGUCCUUCUCCAUGGUAUUGGAGAGGAGACUUGCGUCAGACGGCCUGAAGGACUGGACUCGGGCUCCGUGGAGGAAUGGGUUUCAGACCAGCAGGCCAUUGUUGAAAGGAUGCGACGACGCCUGAGGUACAUUUUGCGAGGGAAGCGAUGGUCUCGGAAAAAGCUGGUACCUAGGAAGCCUGGAAGACGUCCGCCUGUCAUCUUUAUCAGCUCUGCUCCGUGUGGUCUGGCGACAAUUUCCGAGGACAAGGAACUGAAGUUCCCUGUGCGACGGCGCACUGCCAUCGAAUAA